UUUAUAACAAAAUAACAUCCGCACGGGCGUGCGGGUCAAAAAUCUAGUAUUUCAUUAUUUUGAAAUAAAACCGUUCAGGUAAUUCUGUUUUCUUUUCGAGUGGAGUAUUUUUGGUUCAGUACGGUUAGGUGUAAUUUGUCCAUACCUAAUUGUGGGGUUUAUAAACAUGAUAUUAAUGAGAUAUAAAUUGAAAUGACAAAUAUUGCAGGAGAAAGUGAAACGUUUAUGCAAAAAGCUAUACAAGAACAAGGCCGGGGUAGGAUUUUGGACACCAUAAACGAGAUACAAGAGAGGCAUGACGCAGUGAAAGACAUCGAGAAGAGUUUGAACGAGCUGCAUCAGGUGUUUCUAGACAUGGCUGUCUUGGUUCAGAGCCAGGGUGAACAGCUGGACACCAUUGAAGACAGCCUCAAAAGAACCAAUACGAUUAUCCGGUCUGGUGCAGACCAGCUUGUUAAGGCGCGGUUCUAUCAGAAGAACACGCGUAAGUGGACUUGCUACGCCGUUUUGAUAUUGAUCAUUAUUGUGGUCUUGGUUGUGUUGUUUACGGUUAAGCCUUGGAAAAACAAUGGUGGUGGUGGUGGAGGAGGAUCGAACCGUCAACCCACUCCGGUGCAAGCUCAGCCACCUCCAUCUCAGGCCCGGCGGCUACUUCGUUAAAUUUUUUUUUUGUUUAAUUCUCUUGGUCUAUGCAUGGACCUCUGCUUUGGAGAUUGAUGAUUUAAUCGUUUUGGUAAUGUUUUUGAUUGGUUCAAGUCCUUGUGUAUAUAUCUCAUGCGAGCAGUCCAUAGAUUAUUUACUUUCUAUAUAUAACGUGAUGAUGAAAUUUAUCGUGAAAUGUAUUUUGGUAUGCGUGUUUCCACAAGAAAAUGACAUUUUGAAGCAGUCAGUAAAUGAAAAAGUCAAAAAGUCAAUAGGAGAAUGUCAUAUAGAUAUUGGGUCAUAUAUGACAUACGUUAAUGGGCCAGGUGAAAGCUCAUUAGUCAUACAAAACAAGAGGUUUAUUGUAUUGUGCACAUUCUCUCUGUUUCUUGGCUAACUAGUCAAAUUCUGGAAUCUUUUCAAAAAAGUUUUCGAUUGUUUCUCUACUUCUAAUGUACACUGAUCGUAUGUGACUGAUAUUUUGGAUAGGUAACUGGUGGGUCAUUAGAAGAAAUAAGAGAAGCUCUUGCAAUUGCAGAAACUGAUGGUUUGUUCAACGACUGAAGGGGUUGAUCAUUCAUUUACUGGUAGUGCAUUGGACCGUGAUAAGCUUCUUUCUUCC